AUGACUGUAAUAUCACCUGCUUUGGGGGAGACGUACAAUCUGGCCGUUGUGUCCGGUGGCAGGCCCGUUCUACCGCGCAUUUGCAAUCGGUCGUGUAGUAAUAAGACGGUUACAUGUCUAACGCAUGACGGAGCCAAUGUCAUAAUACCAUUCAACAAUCAGAUCAAAAUCAUGUCUAUAGACACCAGAAACUGUGUGAAAACCAUCAAGUUUGGAAAUAACGAAACUUUACGAGAAGUCUUGAUAUCGAACGAACAAGCGAUUGUGCACAUAACUUUGGGAGAUGCAUUUAGGCGAGAAGAAACCGAAGUUGAAUGUAUCACGAUUUUUACAAGCGACGGGAAUGCAGUUGUUUUAAAUUACCGUGGCAAACUGAUCGAAAGCCCCAAAAUUGUGAAAUUGGGCAAGCUCGAAGCUGUUGAACAAGUGGUGAAGAUCUUUGAAAAAGAUGGUCGUUUACGGGUACUUACAUGCACUGAGGAACGUACUCUUUCAUACAAAUACAAGCUUUACGCUUAUGAAAAAGAUGUACUUAAUCUUUUGCAUGAAUUCUCCGCUAUUCUACUUUCUGCUUGGUCUUCGAAUGAUGAAUUUUUGAGUCUCAUUCGGAAAAAUGACGAAUCAAAGAGAGUUGUUGUUGUGAGAUCUAUUUUUGACGACAGUCUUGAGAAAGAAAUACCGCUGCCCACAAGCUCGGCAGCCACAUCUUCUCAAUCCCAGUUUGCUACUGUGAUGGCGGUCGACAAUCAAGGAGCCAGGGUUGCCGUGGGACAUGCUUCAGGCGUAAUAUGUGUGAUUGAGAUCGCAGACCAGACGAGCCGCCAAUUGAAAUGGCACAUAGAUUCUGUUUUGUCUCUGGGUUUUACACAAGAUGGAUCCUACUUACUUUCCGGUGGUUGGGAAAAAGUACUCAGCCUGUGGCAACUCUCUACGAAUUUGCAGCAAUUCUUACCCAGACUAAACGGUGUUAUUGUUGACUGUGUAAUUCUUGGAGACAAAUAUUACGUUCUAGGACUUCGACUCAACAACGAGUCAAGCUCAGAUUACCAAAUAAUCUUACUCAAUUCCACGGAUCUUAACUCCAGGGUGGCUGUUAAUGGUCCUCUUGGUGUUUUCAAUUCGAUGGUCAAAGGAGUUGUUCAACCAGUUUCCUUGCUGACGACGAAAUCCUCUAUAUCAACGAGCUCAAUCGCCAAGUCAAAGAAGAAGCGGAGUCGCAAACUUUCAAAAAGUAAGAGGCAAGAUUUCACAGCUGAGCUCGAAAUUCACCCUGUUACGAAACACUUAUUUUUGCCCCAUGUCUCAGCUGUUCAAACGUUCGAUUUCUAUAAGAACGAGCAGGUCUCAUACCAAUAUUUGGCGUCCGGAAUUAAUAAUACUAUGGGUAAAGUCCGGUUUGAAUUAAACUUAAGAGACCCUGAGAUAUCCAAGGUAAAGUUCACUAAAAAUGGGAAAUGGAUGAUAACGCAUGAAAUAGAAUACCCUUCUGAUGGUCUUCUUUCUUCUGAUGACAAGUCACAUACCCUCAAGUUUUGGUGCCAAGGAGAAAAUUCUAAAUGGGUCCUAAACACAAAGGUUCUGAAUCCUCAUCCUACCAUUACCAAUAUCCUUGUGGCUCCUUCAUCAAUUGAUUACUCUGAGGGUUGUUUGACGAGUGAUAACAAUGGCGGUUUGAAAUACUGGUCAUUUAACAAAGAUCUUGGAUCUUGGUCUUUGACCAAGGUUAUGGUUCCUAAUGUCAACAAUUUUAGCAACUCGGUGUCUCUAGCGUGGUCACUAGACGGAAGUUUGAUUUUCCAAGCGUUCGACGACAGAGUUACCGUCAUAGAUUUUGAAGAAUUUCAAAAAUUCGAGGAAGAAUCUCGAGAAUUUUUGAAUGAGUUCAUUAUGGACUCUGCAGUUCAGAAUAUGGUCUUGGUCAAUGAUAUCAAUCUGGUAAUUGCAACCCAGACCACUUUAUGCUGCAUGGAUCUUUUAACAGGCUUAACUAAGAACAGUUUCGACUUGUACCCAUACUUGAAUGGCACUUACAAGAACGGACAUUUCGGAAGAUUAAUGGCACUAGAUGAACGUUCUGGCCGGAUUGCUGUAGCAGUCAACCAACAGCACGCCAAGGGCGACGAAGUCUGCUACUCGGCGGAAGUUUUCGUAUUUGACGGCGAUCUCUCGAAACAAGUGGGAUCUUUUCACCACGAUGACUACAUCGCUGGCCUACGCUGGAAUCACGGAAGCGACUUUAUUUUCUUUGACAUCCAGGGAAGACUUGGUGUUGUCAGCACGAUUACUAGCGCUGAGAUAUUGAGCGAAAAAGCGUCAGAUUCCAUUUUUGAUUCGUUGGCCCACAACGAGUUCGAAAUUCAACUGCAAAAUCUGAAAAGUGAUCGCCAAAGGAAACUGGCGGAGCGCACGUCCGAUGGUAACUCUGACAUUCAGUUCGAGAUUCUACAAGGAAACCAGAAAACAAAAGUGAUAAAUAUGAACAGUUUUACGAGUUUGUUCGAGAGCAUAGACAACGUCCAGUUAGAUACCUUUUUCGACGCUGUCAUGAGAGUUGUAAACUAG